UCCUCGUCGCAUUUCCUUUCAAGGAAAACUUGGUAAUCUCCUAAAUGGAAUCCUCCGAUCCCAACACUGAAGACGACGACGUUUACUUCGACGCCCUCGACGACUUCCCCUUCUACGACUGCCUCUCCUCCCUCACAGCCGAACCAGAACGCUACUCGUCCUCCUCAACUUUCUCCGCUCUCAAUCCAUCGCGGGAGACUCCUCCGGCUUCCACCCUCCGGCGCCGACCCUUCUCUCGCCGCAUACUCUCCGGAAAGGUCUCCAACGACUCGAGCUUCGAUUUGGGUUCGGAUUCCACUCUCAGCUUCGAGAUCCUCGCCGAACCCGAUACGAAACCGCGUUUCCGGGAACGGAAAUAUGCGAUUGAUCGGAACGCAAACCAAAAGCCCGAUCCCGAGUCGACUCAGGAGCGAGUCACCUUGGUGUCUCCAGCUCAGGGCUCUAAUUCGACCAUAACCACUGUAACCGAUCUCCGAGUCGACGACAACUCGGCUGAGUCAGCCGCCGGACUCAGCGAUCCCUCAUUUAACUUACUCGUGUUCGUAGCCGGACUGGUAAUCAAAGCAAUCAACUUCCAAAUCAACCUCUUCAUCACCUUCACAACAUUUCCUCUCCUCCUUCUCUACCACUCCUACGCGCUCAUCACUAACCCCUUCCAAACGGUGCGUCGCGGCAGAGACCAUCUAAUCCAAAGACUCUCGAAGCUAGGGGACAUUGUCCGCGAAAGCGCGAGCCCCUGGCUAAACGACUGGUCGCAGGAGCACAGUUGGGUCUUGAAGGUCGUAUUGCGGUGCGCGUGGGGGUUGUUGUGGUCCAUCUACGUUUGCGUCGUUUUGUGCGGUCUGUUGGUCUCGUCAGUCGCGGUUAGCAGCAUUUUGAUGAGGUAUUUGGUGGAGGAGCCGAUUCAGAUAAAGGAGGUGUUGAUUUUCGAUUACACGAAGCACAGUCCGGUCACGUACGUGCCGGUUGCGUCGUGUGGUUGCGUUGGUUGUGGCGAGGAUUGCGAGGAAAAGAUUUCGGGGUUCAGGGUUGUACCUCCUGGUCACAGGUUGCAGGCCACGGUUUCGUUGACGUUGCCGGAGUCGGAGUACAACCGAAAUCUCGGGGUAUUUCAGAUCAGAGUAGACUUCAUCUCUGCUAGUGGUAAAACCCUUGCCAGUUCAAGCCAUCCAUGCAUGUUACAGUUCAAAAGUGAGCCUGUCCGUCUUCUCCUGACUUUUCUUAAGAUUGCUCCUCUUGUUGCUGGUUACGUAUCAGAAUCACAGACUCUGAAUCUGAAGUUUAGAGGUUUCACUGAAGGAGAUAUGCCUACUGCCUGCUUAAAGGUUGUAAUGGAACAACGGGCAGAGUACCGCCCUGGUGCUGGUAUCCCUGAAAUAUAUGAUGCAUCUCUAAUACUUGAGUCAGAACUUCCCCUAUUUAAAAGAAUUAUAUGGUAUUGGAAGUUUCACCAUUUUUUAAUUUUUUUAAACGGCUGUGUACAUGUUGGAAAGAGAACUUAAAUUGACAUUUGUAAAUCUCCCAUACAGAUUUUAGUU